ACCGUCCAAUCACAGAAGCGGCUGUUGGAGGAUGAUUCCCGGAACAAUCAUGGCAACCUGCUUGUGCUGCACACUGUAACGAAGGUUGUUUUGAACGUGAAAGGAUGUAAUAGAGAAACUAUAAACAUGCUGAGCCUGACAAUAAGAGAGGUGUCUCGGGCUCUCAGGGAGGGAAAAAUCUCCCCCACAGAGCUGUGCAGGAAGUGCCUGAACCGCAUCAAGAAAACACAACACCUCAACGCUUACAUCACCGUGACUGAGGAGCUGGCACUGCAGCAGGCUCAAGAGGCAGAAACUAGACUCCUACAAGGUAAGCCGAAAGGUCCGCUGGAUGGAAUUCCGUUUGCAGCGAAGGACAACUUCUGCACAGAAAAUAUUAAGACAACAUGUGCCUCCAGGAUGCUGAAAGACUACACGCCUCCCUACAAUGCCACAAUGGUUCAGAAGCUCCUUGACCAAGGGGCUGUUCUCAUGGGGAAGACCAACAUGGAUGAGUUUGCUAUGGGUGCAGGCAGUACAGACGGGGCUUUCGGUCCAGUGAGAAACCCCUGGAGCUAUGCGGCCCCCUACAGAGAGAAGACACCUGCAGCGCCGGACUCAGACUGGGUCGUCACUGGAGGAAGUUCAGGAGGAAGUGCUGCAGCUGUGGCAUCACUCACCAGCUACCUGGCUUUGGGAUCAGACACGGGCGGCUCUACUCGUAACCCUGGGGCGCUGUGUGGUGUUGUGGCCCUGAAGCCGACUUAUGGUCUGCUGUCCAGACACGGUCUCAUCCCUCUGGUCAACUCCAUGGACGUCCCGGGAAUCAUGACCCGCAGUGUGAGCGAUGCAGCCGUCGUCUUAGGUAUCCUUCAAGGCCAGGAUGUUAGAGACUCAACCACAGUUCCUGCUCCCUCAUCGCUGACAGAGCUUCCUGAAGACUUCGAUGUCCGGAACAUCUGUGUAGGCAUCCCAAAGGAGUACCACGCCCCCGGACUGUCCGAGGAGACUCUGGCUCAGUGGAGUCGAGUUGCUGACAUGUUUGAGAAGGCUGGGGCUCGGGUGGAGCAGGUGUCCCUCCCACACACCCAGCACUCCAUAGUGUGCUACCACGUCCUGUGCCACACUGAGGUGGCGUCUAACAUGGCACGUUUUGACGGCUUAGAGUACGGACAUCGCAGUGCGGUGGACAGCUCGACGGAGGCCAUGUAUGCUUCGACCAGACAUGAGGGCUUCAACGACGUAGUGAGAGGGAGGAUUCUGUCAGGGAACUACUUCCUGCUCAAGCAGAACUACGAGCACUACUUUGGGAAGGCUCAGAAAGUCCGCCGACUGAUUUCUGAUGAUUUUAAGCGUGUGUUCAGCUCAGGUGUGGACAUCCUGCUGACGCCCACCACUCUCACAGAUGCAGCGUGCUACUCUGACUUCAUGCAGGAAGACAACCGCACGCGCAGCGCUCAGGAGGAUGUCUUCACCCAGCCCGUCAACAUGGCAGGUCUCCCCGCUGUGUCUGUGCCAACAGCUUUAUCCAGACGGGGCCUUCCCAUUGGUUUACAGCUUAUCAGCCCUGCACUCCAAGAAAAGAAGCUGCUUAGUGUUGCCCAGUGGAUGGAGCAGAGGGUUGGAUUUCCCUCCAUCAGAGACUACGCAGACGGUAAAGAGAGUAAGGAUGACACGGGAGGGACCAAAAGAAAGCAGACCUCGGGUGGAUGAGGAGAACUGUGAGCUCAAGUGUUGCAAAGUGACUUAAUACAGGCGGACGUGAUGCACCGUGCAGCCAUGAUGGACAUUUAGAGCCUGUAAGAUGCCUUCAUGAAACUCUUGUUGCAGUUUCCUCAUUUAAUAAACCAUAAUUAUCAGAAGUGGUAAACAUUUUA